GCGGCGGCAGCGGCGCGUCAUGUCGUGGCUCUUCGGGCUGAAUCGCGGCACAGCCCCUGCCGGCGGCGGGGACGCGGCGGCGCCCGGCGGCGGACUUUCCCUUCCGCCCGGCCCAGGCGGCGGCGGCGGCGGCGACCGCCACGCGCCCAAGGACAAAUGGAGCAACUUCGACCCCACGGGCCUGGAGCGGGCGGCGAAGGCGGCGCGGGAGCUGGACGCCUCCCGCCAUGCAAAAGAUGCUCUUAGUCUUGCCCAGAUGCAAGAGCAGACCUUACAGCUGGAACAGCAAGCAAAACUUAAGGAAUAUGAAGCUGCCAUAGAGCAACUGAAGAGUGAACAGAUACGGGUACAAGCAGAAGAGAGACGAAAAACACUCAGUGAAGAAACAAAACAGCAUCAAGCAAGAGCCCAAUAUCAGGACAAAUUGGCAAGGCAGCGCUAUGAUGAACAGAUGCGACAGCAGCAACUUGCUAAUGAAGAGAAUCUGAGGAAGCAGGAAGAAUCUGUACAGAAGCAGGAAGCCAUGAGGCGAGCAACUGUAGAGCGAGAGAUGGAGCUGCGGCAUAAAAAUGAAAUGCUGCGCGUCGAGGCUGAGGCAAGAGCCCGAGCAAAGGCUGAGCGGGAGAAUGCAGACAUCAUUCGGGAGCAGAUCCGCUUGAAAGCUGCUGAGCAUCGUCAAACAGUUUUAGAGUCCCUCAAGACAGCUGGGAUGCUCUUUGGUGAAGGUUUCCGUGCUUUUGUAACAGACUGGGAUAAAGUUACAGCCACGGUGGCAGGCCUGACACUACUAGCAGUAGGCAUUUACUCUGCCAAGAAUGCUACUGCAGUAGCAGGGCGAUACAUAGAAGCACGUCUGGGCAAACCUUCCCUGGUGAGAGAGACAUCACGCAUUACUGUGCUGGAGGCACUGAAGCACCCUAUUAAGGUUGGUAAACGUCUUACCAGCAAGGCUCAGGAUGCUCUUGAAGGAGUUGUUCUCAGUCCAAAGUUGGAAGCACGUGUGAGAGACAUUGCCAUAGCAACAAGAAAUACAAAAAAGAACAAAAGCCUGUACAGGAAUAUUCUUAUGUAUGGUCCACCUGGCACUGGAAAGACGCUCUUUGCCAAGAAAUUAGCUAUGCAUUCAGGCAUGGAUUACGCUAUCAUGACAGGUGGUGAUGUUGCCCCCAUGGGGCGGGAAGGAGUUACUGCCAUGCAUAAACUCUUUGACUGGGCAAACACCAGUAGGAGAGGCCUUUUGCUAUUUGUGGAUGAAGCAGAUGCAUUUCUGCGGAAGAGGGCAACAGAGAAAAUCAGUGAAGACCUCAGAGCAACUUUAAAUGCAUUCCUGCACAGAACAGGACAGCACAGUAACAAGUUUAUGCUUGUUUUAGCAAGUAACCAGCCUGAGCAAUUUGAUUGGGCUAUCAAUGACCGAAUAGAUGAAAUAGUGAACUUUGAUCUGCCCAAGCUAGAGGAACGGGAGCGGCUUGUGAGGAUGUAUUUUGAUAGACAUGUCUUGAAGCCAGCCACAGAGGGUAAACAACGUCUGAAGCUGGCCCAAUUUGACUAUGGGAAAAAGUGCUCGGAGAUUGCCAGCUUGACAGAGGGCAUGUCUGGCCGAGAGAUCUCUCAGCUUGCUGUGGCAUGGCAGGCAGCUGCUUAUGCAUCAGAGGAUGGUGUCCUUACAGAGGCCAUGAUUGAUGCCCGGGUAGCUGAUGCUGUGCAGCAACACAGACAGAAGAUGGACUGGCUGAAAACAGAGGAUACUGAAGGAAGCAGAGGGACUGUCAGGAAUCCACUCUUGCCUUUUCCCAAAGGAACACCAGUGUGAGCAGCAGUAUGCGGACUUCAGACCAGCAUAUGUGGGAAAGUGUGCAGAGGAGAGAAGUUGGGAGGGUCAUCUGGGUAGAUGUUUAGUGGAAUCAUGUGUUAAGGGAGACAAGUGUCUGUUGGUGCAAGGCAGGGGGAGAAGAUGCUGCCUCAGCCUGCUUUUGGUGUUUUUUGGUGUCUUUGGUGUACCAUUAAUGUUUUUAGAGAACACCAGAAAAAAAUGGUUUGAAUAAGGCAGAAACAACUGCAUUAAAGGACCUUCUUGCUGAAA